AUGUCUCUAGCGCUCUCUUCUCUUCGCAGGCGUUUCGUCGACCAUCUGACAUCCGGCAAUUCCGCCGCCGCUUUUUCCUCCUUCCGCCGCCGUGGCAGCCGCAGGUGCUACUGCAUUGACCGUCUCUCUUUACUGAAUGUAUUCUCGUUCUCUUCCGCAGCCAAACCGAAGCAUCAGCUCUUACCGAGGCGGAAUACCGCUGUCUUCUAUUGUUCUACCCUACCGUUGAACGGUGGGAUUGGAACCGCCGAUGAUUCAUUCACUUCACCUUACCUUUCAGUUCGCGUUUCCUGUCCGCGACAUGUUGCUGACGUUCUUUCGGAGUCUCUUAUGUGUUUCGGGGCGAGUUCUACCACCAUUGAUGAAGAAGACCGCCAGAAUUCCGAUGAAGAGAUAUGGAUCACUUCUACAUUCGAUGUAGAAAUGGAUGUGAAAAUUUGCGUUGCAAGAGCUGCAGAUUCGGUGGGAUUGAAGCAGAUACCUAAGUACAAAGUUGAAAUGCAUGACCACACUGAUUGGAUCAAACAAACUCAGGAAUCUUUUCAUCCUGUGGAAAUUACAGAGGAACUUUGGAUUGUGCCUGAAUGGAGAGUCCCCCCUGAUCAGCAAGCAAUAAACAUUGUUUUGAAUCCGGGUUUGGCAUUUGGAACUGGAGAACAUCCCACGACAAAGCUGUGUCUACUGAUGCUGCAUCGAUUAAUAAAAGGAGGAGAAUACUUUCUGGACUAUGGCACAGGUUCAGGUGUUCUUGCAAUAGCAGCACUUAAGUUUGGUGCGGGACUUUCAGUUGGAUUCGAUAUAGAACCACAGGCAAUUGCAUCGGCCCGACACAACGCAUCUCUGAACAAUCUCGGAAUGGAGAAGCUGCUGCUAAGCCUUGUUCCAACCAAGAACAGUCAUUUCGAGAAAGACUCUCCACAUGAGAACACUAGCGCCGCAAACCUCUACAAUCCGAAGCUAAUCGCUGAGAAAGACAAGUAUGAUGUGGUAAUUGCUAAUAUAUUGUUAUAUCCACUGCUCGAUUUAGCAGAUCGAAUAGUCUCUUAUGCAAAGCCAGGUGCUGUCAUUGGCAUCUCAGGGAUCAUAUCCGAGCAGGUCCCGACUGUAAUGGAACGUUAUUCCCAAUUCCUCGAGGGAAUGAGUGUGUCGAUGAUGGAUGAUUGGGCCUGUGUAAGUGGUUUCAAGAAAGCAGAAGAAAGCAUCCGAGAGCUACAAUUUGAAACACGGUGAACUAUUCAUAAGGUGCGUAAAUUUUCAUUCGACG